AUGGCCGAUUCCAAGCUUCAUCCCGCUGUAACGGUGGCUAACAUCAAAGCCUCUAUUCCGAUCAUCCUGGAUAACGAGGCAGCCGACUACAAUAUGUGGUCCGAGUUGUUUCGCAUCCACUGCACCGCCUACCUCGUGUCUGAUCACCUUUCUCCACGUCCCAAACCCGCUGCCCAAGCUACUUCUUCUGAAAAGCAACCCGCUGACCCUCCUGCUGCCGAUUCAUGGGAGCGUCUGGACGCCAUAGUUCUUCAAUGGAUCUAUGGCACCAUAUCUCCAGGCCUCCUUAAAACCGUCAUCAAAAGCAAAACAACCGCUUACGAUGCUUGGAAAGCCAUUGAAGCUUUGUUCCAAGAUAACAAAGCCACUCGUGCCCUUUACCUCAAACAGAAGUUUGCUAACACUAGGUUAGAAAACUUUUCUUCUAUGCAUGCUUAUUGUCAAGAACUCAAAGUUCUUGCAGGUCAACUUCAAAGUGUGGAUGCCCCAGUUGAUGAAUCUGACCUUGUUCUCCAAACCCUAGCCGGUCUUAUUGAACAGUAUGAAACAGUACAGACCGUUAUCCAAAACACCAAACCCCUACCUUCAUUCCUUGAGGUUCGGUCUCAACUAUGCAUGAGCGAAACCACAAAGGCUAAUCAAGCUCUCCAUUCCUCCAACCAGGCUGCCACGUCCCUUCACACUCAAAGCCGCACCACCCCUCCACCCGCCACCCAACCUUCCCCUCCGGUUGACUUUCGGUCCGAUUACUCCCGCGGUCGUGGCAGGUCUCGCGACCGUGGUCGUCGCCAUGCCCCGUUCAACCAAACCACCAACCGCAGCCUCUCCUCUAACGCUGCCUACUCGCUCGCCCCACAACACCCGAUCUCAAGAAAAAAAGCUCCUAUCCUUCGAUGCAAUAGCUCGGGCGACCUCUACCCGCUGACCACCAACUUCAUCAAGUCUCCUACCUCACCUAUUGCUCUUGCUGCUAUAACCCAAGAACGUUGGCAUCAACGCCUUGGGCACCCGGGCACCAAUUUCUUGCAUUCGUUGAAGUCGUCUUCUUUUAUUAAUUUCAUGACUUAUGGACAUCACCAGUUUUAA